CGCUAAGACGAUAAAAGAGAUCAUGCCAAAAAGGAAAGCGACAAAAGAUGCAGGGCAGGGGCCUCAGGCAGGAACGAGGGGUGCCAACCGGAGACAGGCGUCGGUGCCGCCGACCGAGGAGGAAGCCGAACCUUAUGUGGAGGCAGUAGAUGCAAUUCCGAUGGAGCCACACCAGCAGGUUGACCAUAUGGGUGGCAGUUCUAUAGGUAUAUCUCCUAUUGAGGGGUCAGAGCAAUUGUUUCCCCCCUCCAACCCCUUGCCCAUAACAUGUGCCCAUACUUCCCUAGGGGCUAAUGUCUCGCCUGGCAACAGACAAAUAAUAAUAUCAGGGCAGUAUAUAGAUUUGGGCCUGUUGUUAUUGAACGGGCCGUCUGAACAAGGGGAACAGCUACUGAUGCUGAAUAAAAAGGGUAAAUUGAUAACUAAGGCCAAAAUCAAUGAGAGGAUAGUUAGUGUAGAAAAAUGGACUGAUGCCAUGAUGGUGUUUGCGACCAUUUAUGGUUCAGCUCACCCAGCAAAACACCCUGAUUUGUUGAGGUAUAUAUCAACUGUUCGACUGGGCCCAGCAAGAUCACCAGGUGGGUGGGGCUGGAAAAGGUACGACGAGCAAUUCCGGCUCAGGCAAGCUCUCGACCCGGAUAGUUCCUGGGCAGCUGUGGACAUGGAGCUUUGGCUCCUAUGUAUGACAGGUCAAACUGCCUCCACCCGGCCUUCUGCCCCUGCGACCAGCAGUCAACAGGGGAGACUCAUGUGUUUUGAUUUCAACUAUAAAGGUUCAUGCUUCAAAAGUCCAUGUUCCUAUGUCCAUGCAUGUACACAGUGUGGGGGGAAUCAUUCCGCGAAUGUAUGUAAUGCUGCCGGGGGGGGGGGGGGGGGGGCAGGUCAAAAACAUUUUCAGCCAAAAUUUAACCAAACCGGGUCAGGUCAACACAAUUUUAAGCCAAGAUUUUCCCAACCCCGUUCUCCAUACCCCAGGGCGGCAGUCACAAACCAACCGGGUCACAACCAAGGGUACAACCAACAGGCAUUUCGGGGUAGGGGAAGGGGCAACAGGUUUAUGGGACCUGGGUCGAACACCUAUUAA